AUGGGUCCCCUGCGCAUCUGCCUCGUGGUGCUAAGCUUUUUCUUCAUCUGCUCUCCCCUUGCCGCAGCCGCGCCAAACCCGAAAGGUGGACUGGAAAAGCGCUAUACCAGUCCCACAGUUAUCGCACCUAGCAACAUCACUCGCACUCCACUCAAUGUCUUCCUCCAAAUCCUCGAGACACAGGCCAACCCCGACCCGAAUCUCAUCAAAGAAUACGUCGCCCUCGACGCAACUUAUGUCUCUUUGACCAUUGACAACCCAAACCUGCACAAGAUCAUGCCCUGGGCGGGAACUCGUUACCAAGUGGGGCCCCAGGCGUUCCUGGACACCUUCACACGUGUCGGACUUUGGUGGACACGGGGCCCGUUCUCCAUCGAUGCAAUCUUUGCCGAUGGGGGCAAUUGCACCGCCUGGGGACAGUUUGAGAUCACCUCCAACACGAUGCAGAAGACUAUUACGUCGCCGUGGUCGGCCCGUGCCGUGGUCAACGAUCAGGGCAUGAUCACAUAUUUCCAGUAUAUGGAGGAUACUUUCGGAACGGCGAGUACCUUCUGGGCCGAUGGCUCCAAACAAUACCGGGCUCACCCGGAUGGCGGAAGUGUAUGGUUUUGA